AUGAAACUGCCUUUGAUGAAGAUCAUCAUAGUCGAGAUGAAUGGUGUUCAUUUUCUUCGACUUGCCGCGGCGUAUCCAGACACUGAGGUCAACUUCCCCGACGGCCCAGCUGCUAUAAGUCGUGUUCUCUCCAAUGUCGAUGCGCAAGACAAAGAAUUGCAACGCGUUAUUGGAAUUGAACAGUAUGGACUGGUGUCCGCUAUAUUCAGUAGAUACCCUCAAUCGACUCCCGCCAGCAUUAGUCUAUCCGAGGCACGCGGACUGAAGAGCGUACCGCUCAAUGGCCCGAUGCACUCGGCCUGGGCCGCGGGGCAGACUACUCAGCUGUGGUACUUAGAGCCUGCUAACAAUGGCCCGAUCAUCACUAAUGACUCAAAGCCCAACGCAUUUCGGUUACUCAACGUGAAUAUCAACUACUACAUUUCUGUAUCUCACAAAUCACUUGUCGGGAUUCCGAUCUAUUACGUUGAAGCAACGGGUUCAACUGAAAAUGCUGCAACUUGGACGCUGAAGCUGUCUCCUGACUACUCCUUCCAUAUCGAGCCUCAAUCCCCAUCCGAUCAACUAUUCGAGGUCCAUUCCGACCAAGGCCAGUUCUACGCUCUUCUGAACUAUCGAGACACACCUACAACUAGUUCCCAUCCUUUCAUCGUCCAAGUGUACCAGGGAUCCAUCAAUAACCUCGGGCCACGUCAACAGGACAUCCUGAAACCUGGAGAACUCCUGAUUCCGGGUGCCUACCUUGAAUCUCCCAGUAAGAAGUUCAGACUUGCCUUUGAGGGUGGAAGGUUUGGGGUAUAG